GGGCUUAAACGUCGCUCGAUCGACUGGCAAGACUGGCCAACUAAACAUUGAAAUUAGCCCUACUUCUGAUUGCAUUUCUACAGCCAACAGUGUUGAAAAUCCCAGGAAGAAAACUUUCUAUUUCGUGAUGACGGUAUCGUAUACUCAUAAAUUUACAGCUAGCUUUUAUGCGGAAUAAUAUAGUAUUUGUUAUAAUUUUGUUUUUUGUAUGUCUUGUCAUCACCAAGGCCAGGCAAUGUUUGCGAGGGUAACAUUCUACCCUUCUCUCUUCUACAACGUUUUGAUGGAAAAAAUUACAUCUCGGAAUUGGUAUGACCGAAUAGACGAAAAUGUCAUACUAGGAGCACUGCCGUUUCGUUCGAUGGCACAGGAGCUCGCGCGUAAAGAAAAUAUAAAAGCCGUAGUAUCAAUGAAUGAAGAUUACGAGCUAUGGGCAUUCUCCAAUGAUAAAGAGAAAUGGGCGAAAUUAGGAGUUGAAUUCUUACAACUUGAAACAACUGAUAUUUUUGAAGCGCCCUGUCAAGAGAAGUUAUGGAGAGGAGUAAAUUUUAUGAAUCGGUUUCUACCAAAAGCAGAUAAACUCCCAGGCAUGUCGCAAAUCGAAAGUUGUAACGAAGUUCCAGGAACAAUCUAUGUUCAUUGUAAAGCUGGCAGGACAAGAAGUGCUACAUUAGUGGGAUGUUACUUGAUAAUGAAGCACGGCUGGAGCCCAGAACGAGCAGUAGAUCACAUGCGCGAAUGCAGACCUCACAUUUUGCUUCGAAGCAAACAAUGGGAAGCACUACGAAUAUUCCAUGAGGCAAAAUCAUCUUCCAAACACUAGCCAUGUAUUUAAUACAUUAUAAAGUGAAAUUGUAUAGGAUUGGUAUGAGGUGCAACUGUUUAUUAUUUCCUAUAUCAAGCAAUCCGGGAAAGGUGUGGUAUUGAUUACACAACUAAUUAUCCUCAAAUUUGAAUUUCGUUAUACUUCAUUUGUGUAAUAAAUACAUUCUAUGAUUUCA